AUGGAAACAGAUACAAAUUCUCUAAAGCGCAAGCAUCUUGAAUCUCCUUUCGAGCCAGCAAAAAAAAUAAAGCCAAAUCUCCCUACUCCACAAGUCUUUUGUACGCCAGUUUCAAUUAUAAAAAAUAAGCGUCUAAGACCUAAAAAAAAUCCUCAGGAUACAAAGGCAGAAGUUAAUUUCUUCAAUACAUUAUUGAAUGAACAAAGACUCCUUCAGACAGCUCCUAUUAAUAAAUAUCCUUCACCUGAAGAUAAAGAAAACGCUGAAUCUACCCCGAUAUCAAAACCUUCGCUAAAAGAGCCCCAAACGCACAAUUCAAGCAAAGAAAAUGGCUUCUUUUUCGGAAGAAGUUUCCAUGUAACAGGAUUUGUCCAUAAUGAAAAUAUUGAGCCAGACCCCAAAUUAGAAUUUCCCAAUGAAAACAAUAGCUCGUUGAAUUUUGGAAGCUAUAAUAAUAGAAUAUUGAAUUAUAGACUUUUCACUUCUCCAUUAAAAGAUCAAAUACAAAAAUUUAGCGAAUAA